UAUUCCCGAUGGUGAGUCCUCCGUGUCUAUGGAACAGAGGGAGGUUACACUUUCCACACAAUUGAGUACCACCACUGUAUCAUCCCAUUUAGACCAGUAGAUCCUAAUUCGACAUCUGCUUGGAAUGCAGUGAUCCCACCGCAGUAAGGAACAGGGCCUAAAGAGUAAUGACCUGUGUGGUCUCUAAGACAGACAUUAGAUUACUUUAGAAAAACAUGAGUGGUUUUAGUAACUUAGUUUUAAGGAAACUAGAGCUAAAAAAUCCAAAACUUUCGUUGUUAGAAUCUUGCACCACUCUCUCCCACCUGAAAAUCAUACAUGCCCACUUGAUAAGAGCCCACACAAUCUUUGAUGUUUUUGCUGCAAGUUGCUUAAUCUCCAUUAGCAUAAACAAGAACUUGCUUGAUUAUGCAGCACAAGUCUUUUACCAAAUCCAAAACCCAAAUCUUUUUAUCUAUAAUUCAUUUAUAAGGGGGUUCUCUGGAAGCAAAGACCCGGAUAAGUCCUUCCAUUUUUAUGUCCAAUCAAAGAGAAAUGGCUUAGUUCCUGAUAAUCUUACGUACCCAUUUUUAGUCAAGGCUUGUACUCAAAAGGGUUCUUUAGAUAUGGGUAUACAAGCUCAUGGUCAAAUAAUUAGGCAUGGGUUUGAUAGUGAUGUUUAUGUUCAAAAUUCACUUGUUACUAUGUAUUCUACUUUAGGGGAUAUUAAGUCUGCUAGUUAUGUUUUUAGGAGAAUUUCAUGUUUAGAUGUUGUUUCUUGGACUUCAAUGGUAGCUGGUUAUAUUAAAUCAGGAGAUGUUACGUCUGCUCGGAAAUUGUUUGAUAAAAUGCCUGAAAAAAACUUGGUUACUUGGAGUGUAAUGAUUAGUGGGUAUGCGAAAAAUAGUUUUUUUGACAAGGCAAUAGAAUUGUAUUUUUUACUUCAAUCAGAAGGGGUGCACGCUAAUGAGACAGUGAUGGUUAGUGUAAUAGCUUCAUGUGCUCAUUUAGGUGCACUUGAACUUGGAGAAAGAGCACAUGAUUAUAUUUUGAGAAAUAAGAUGACUGUGAAUUUGAUUCUGGGAACUGCACUAGUAGAUAUGUAUGCAAGAUGUGGAAGUAUUGAUAAAGCUAUCUGGGUUUUCGACCAACUUCCAGGGAGAGAUGCUUUGAGCUGGACGACUCUAAUUGCUGGAUUUGCAAUGCAUGGUUAUGCCGAGAAAGCACUUGAGUACUUCUCACGAAUGGAGAAGGCAGGGUUAACACCGAGAGAGAUAACGUUUACUGCUGUUUUAUCAGCUUGUAGUCAUGGGGGAUUAGUUGAAAGAGGAUUGGAAUUAUUUGAGAGCAUGAAAAGAGAUUAUAGGAUUGAGCCUAGGUUGGAACACUAUGGGUGCAUGGUUGACCUGCUUGGUCGAGCAGGGAAGUUAGCAGAAGCUGAGAAAUUUGUUAAUGAAAUGCCUAUGAAGCCUAAUGCACCAAUUUGGGGAGCGUUGCUUGGAGCUUGCCGAAUUCAUAAGAAUUCAGAAAUUGCAGAAAGAGCUGGGAAGACUUUGAUUGAGUUAAAGCCAGAACACAGUGGUUACUAUGUGCUUCUUUCUAACAUCUAUGCACGCACAAACAAGUGGGAGAAUGUUGAGAACAUCAGACAGAUGAUGAAGGAAAGAGGAGUUGUGAAACCACCAGGUUACACUCUGUUUGAGAUGGAUGGGAAAGUUCAUAAAUUCACCAUUGGUGAUAAAACCCACCCGGAAAUUCAGCAGAUUGAAAGGAUGUGGGAAGAGAUCCUUGGGAAGAUAAGACUGGCAGGAUACAGUGGAAAUAAUGAUGAUGCAUUGUUUGACAUAGAUGAAGAGGAAAAAGAAAGCAACAUACACAGGCACAGCGAGAAGCUUGCUAUUGCAUAUGCGAUUAUGAGAACUAAAGGUCACGAUCCCAUUCGAAUAGUGAAGAACUUGCGGGUAUGUGAAGACUGCCACACCGCUACAAAGCUGAUUUCUAAGGUGUAUGAACGGGAGUUGAUUGUUAGAGAUCGGAACAGGUUCCAUCAUUUUAAGGGAGGAGCCUGUUCUUGCAUGGAUUACUGGUAAAAAAAAUAAUGCAGUUCAUAUAAUUAUGGUUUGAAUGAUGUUCCUGGAACUGUAUGAAAAAUUUAGAGACAAUGCUUGAACUUUUGGCAUAAUCUCCCAGAACAGGAGCUUUCUCAUUUUCAUGGUUAGCCCUUCAGGGCCAAAGUAUAGUUACAGGAGUUAAGAACAUAAAAGACAUAAAUCAUCUUUGACUA